ACGCAGUACAGCGGCAGCUUGUAUGUAUAAACGAGUAAUCAGCCACAGAACCUGUGUAAUUAAUGUGUGUCCUGGAUUAAAGGGAUGAUGUGGCAACCACCUUAGUGAGGAGGAAGGCUCACAUUACUAUGGAAUUCUCCAAUGUACGGAGAUGGAUUGAGAGUUCACCCAUAAUGGAUGAUGGCCAAAGUGACACCAGUCCACUGCUGAGGCUAAUCCAGGAGCCCUUCUUACCAAAACCUAUCACAAUUGUGCUAAAGUGUAUCCUGGUUGGAAUUCAUAUAACUAGUAUUGCUUUAGGAGCUGUCUACUUCCAUGAUUGCCCUGGACAAUACCUGAUACCCUACUAUCUGAUCAUUUCAGGGGUGGCAGGUAUCCUUUUCCUUUGUCUAACCUGCCUCCCAUGUGGGGAUGGACGGGAACCCCCAAAAACCAGUUUGGCGACUCUUUGUGUUCAGGGAUUGAUGCUUUUCUUCAUGUUUGCCUUCUUCAUUGCAGGCAAUGUGUGGAUCUAUUCCUUAUACAGUGAACCCUGGGAUUCUCCUACAGGCCCAAAGAGAUGUAACCGAGUCCUUUACCUCUAUGCCUUCUGGAUAACAACGGUGUGCCACCUGUGCUUUGCCGUCCUGUUCUUCACCUACCUGUGUUUACUGACCGUCCUCUGCAUUCUGAAGAGAAGAUUUUCCUAAGCGUCACAAAUCACAAGGACACAAUUUCUGGGAUGUACAUCUUAUGUUUGUAGCAAACACUGUGUACAGCAUCUAUACUAAUGAAGAUAAACCUCACAUAGAUUACAAGAUAGAUGGUGUAUCAGAAUUUUAAAGCAUUUCUAAUCUAAGCACGGAAACACAAUAUUUUGCAAUUUACCAAUUCUUAGGUGGCUGUGUUGGUUUUCUAUUUUUCUGUCUUUUUUUUUUUUCUCCUGGUAAUCCUGCCUGUAACAUACUUCCUGUCCUACUGUGACAAGGCUCACUCACUGUACUGUAUAGAGAAGUAGUGUUGUCACCCUAGGAAAGGACUACAGAAUAACCAAGUCUAUAUUACCAAAAGUAUUGGGACACCUGCCUUUACAUGCACAUGAACUUUAAUGGCAUCCCAGUC